GUGCUGCUGAAAAUAAUACUGUAUUCCUGAAUUUUCUUUGAUUGUAACAAGUAAUUAUUUGUUUAUUUCUUCUGCAGUUAGCCGAGACAGGCUUCAGGUUAUAUUAUGUUACUCAACAAAAGCAGAUUGGUGGGAGUCACGAGCCGUUCACGGAAAUCAAAUAUGGAGAGCAAUUCGACGACGGAUAUCGUAAUUUUGAGCGGUAAUUCGCAUCCGGAAUUGGCGGAAUUAAUUGCGAACCGCUUAGGUGUGCACAAAGGUGGAUGUUCCGUGUACCAUAAGACGAACAGAGAGACCAUUGUGGAAAUAGCUGAUUCCAUUCGUGGCAAGAAUAUUUACAUUGUACAAACUGGCACCAAAGAGGUAAACAACAAUAUAAUGGAGCUGCUAAUAUUGGCCUAUGCAUGUAAAACUUCAUCAGCACGAUCUAUAGUAGGUGUGAUUCCAUACUUGCCAUACAGCAAGCAAUGUAAAAUGAGGAAGAGAGGAUGCAUUGUCUCCAAACUGCUUGCUAAGAUGAUGUGCAAGUCUGGUUUGACCCAUAUUAUCACUAUGGAUCUGCAUCAGAAGGAGAUACAAGGGUUCUUUGAUUGCCCUGUUGACAAUCUACGUGCAUCACCCUUCUUGUUGCAGUAUAUUCAGGAGAGUAUUCCAGAUUAUCGCAACUCUGUGAUAGUCGCCCGCAACCCUGGGUCGGCAAAGAAGGCGACGUCAUAUGCUGAACGAUUGCGGCUGGGUAUCGCCGUUAUCCAUGGAGAACAAAAGGAAGCUGAGAGUGAUGAAGUAGAUGGCCGCUACUCGCCACCAUGUAUUCCUAGUGUGGACAGAUCACGCACUAUGGACGUGUCUGUGGGCGUGCCAGUGCACCCAGCGAAGGAAAAACCACCUAUCAACGUGGUCGGUGACGUUGGAGGCAGAAUCGCUAUAAUGGUGGAUGACAUGAUUGACGACGUGCAGUCAUUCGUCGCAGCUGCUGAAGUGCUAAAAGAGUGUGGUGCAUAUAAAAUCUAUGUUCUGGCUACACAUGGUCUACUGUCCUCGGAUGCUCCACGCCUCAUCGAAGAUUCACACAUUGACGAAGUUGUGGUCACCAACACAGUCCCACAUGAGCUUCAAAAGAUGCAAUGCCCCAAGAUCAAAACCAUUGACAUAUCUGUUCUGCUCAGUGAAGCCAUACGCCGCAUUCACAACAAAGAAUCAAUGUCAUACCUAUUCAAAAACGUCACCUUAGAAGAUUAG